AUGGUUCGUCAUCUAAUCAAAGCAUGUCUAGUUGGUGGUAAUGCGAUCUCUGCCUUUCUCUCAUGGCGACUUCAGGCGACAGCCUCCUGUGAUGUUACGCUAGUCUGGAAAUCCGGAUAUGACUCCGUGUCUCAAUACGGUGUCUCGUUUAAAUCAAAAGCAUUCGGCAAUGAACGUUUCAAACCCCGACAUGUUGUUCGUGCUCCCGAAGAAGCUUCAUCCCGUGAACAUGUCUACGACUAUGUCAUCCUCUGCGUGAAAGCGCUGCCGGAUGUCUACGACCUUGCCUCCGUGAUCGAAUCCGUCGUCACCCCCCAGCACACCUGUAUUCUGCUGAAUACUACAAAUACUCUCGGCAUCGAAGCCCAUCUUGAACAAAGAUACCCUACCAACGUCAUUCUUUCGCUUGUUUCCAAUGUGGAAAUCUCCCAAACGGGGCCGAGCGAGUUCGAACAUCUGAGCUCAAGCGAGAUUUACGUGGGCGCAACCAACAAAUCUUCCGCCAUUCCGACAUCAGUCCAGAGCGACAUGGCAGCCGCAUUGGCGGUGACUUUGAACUCUGGUCAGGUCAACUGCAAGGUUUCGGAUAAUAUCAGACAGGAGCAGUUCGACCGCAUGAUAGGCCCGGUCGCGUUCCAUCCCGCAAGUGUCGUGUUCGACACCCCAAACCACACACAACUCCUCGAAAAGACCGGUGUUCGUCCACUGGUAAUGGGCAUCCUUGACGAGAUGAUGGAAAUCGCCUCUGCGCAAGGUUGCUCAUUCCCCAGCGAUUUCCGGGAUAAGACGGUCCAAAAAAUGAUUGCGUUGGACUCUCCAACCACAAUGUAUUCAGAUUUCCAGGGCCGCCGCCCCAUGGAGGUGGAGACUUUCCUAGGGUCACCAAUCAAGUUGGCAAGCGAGUCUAAUGUUCGCGUCCCCCGAAUCGAAACCAUGUACGCAAUGCUACAUCACGUCAACAUCGCAAACCAGAAGCCCCGGCAGGAGUCUCCACCUGCAUCCGUCACGGGUCAACCGCCUCCCCGAAUGUCUUCUGCUCCUCCACAGCAGCGACCCAUGAUGAAUGGGGGCCCGCAAUCUUUGCGUGGAAGUCGAACACCCUCGGGCGUGGGCAUGCCCCCGCAACAAAGACGAGGCCCACCACCUGGCAUGAUGCCGAGAGGCCCAGGUGGAUCGAUGCCACCGGCCAACCGAGUUCAGCGCGACCCCUCGCUGGAGGGACUCGAGGAAUUCAGCCAUUUGGUUCUCUAUGACGAACAGGGCGAACCAAGUGUACCGCAACAGAAUGGAAAUGGACACCCCGAGCCCGCCCCGGGCCCUGUUUCUGAGUUGACGUUACGGGAGCGAGAGCUGGCUCUUCGUCAACGCCCAGGACGUCGUGGACCGCCUCCCUCCCGGCCUGCUACGGCCUUUGACGAAGAAGAUGAGGAUUAUUUCGACCCGAUGGAUAGCAUGGGCAUUCCGCACAUCGACCCUGACAGUGUCGACAUGAUGAGCAUGACUUCCCGGCGAGGGCGUAAAGGCCUCAGCCAUAGCCAGAUCCGUAAAAACCCUGAAUUUGGUGUAAACACGGGGGGUAGCCGCCCUUCAUCAGCCUUCAACCGCUACUUUGGCAGAAAACGCACGAGCGACCGUGUGAUGCAAGAAAUCCCGGGUCUCCAUGAUUCAUUAAUGGACAGUCCCAUGAUGAGCUACUCCUCCAACCGAUAUGGAGCCGUGGACCGAAACCAGAUGCACGUGGAAUCUCGAGCCAAUUCCUUAACGGCCAGCCACAAGGGCGACUACCCACCUCGACCCUUCUCACAGAACCGGCGAAACAGCCAGACUCCUGUGCCUCCAUUCGGCGGACCCCCGGGACCCCAAGGACCUCCUGGCACAGGAGGCCCGCGGAUGAGCCGACCUGGUGGGCCUCACAAUGCUCAGCCCUCACCUCCUGGCAACAUGCGUACGCCGGCACCGCGGUAUCCUCCGGGACAAGGAAACGCGGCAGGGCCGCAGCAAGUUGACCAACACUAUGGGGUGAGCAAUGCGUUCCCUGCUAAGGGUCCUCCUAAGAACCAAAAUCUGACCAGCAGUGCGAGCGCCAGCGCGGGGAGUGGUGAUAGUGGAGCCAGUGCAAAUCUUGAUUCCGAGCCCUCAUCCCACAGCAGUCAGGUCAGCCUCGGCGGACAGGGGGUCGCGGCGCCCGUUCGCUAA